AUGGCUAGGAAUAAAAAGAUAAAAUUAGUCAUUGAUACUGACCCCGGGAUUGACGACUUCCAUGCAAUCACAAUGGCAUUGUCAAGUCCAAAUAUCGAUGUUCUGGCAUUAACAUGUGUAACGGGUAAUACGUCGUUAAGUAACGGUGUAAGAAAUGUCCAUUAUUUAUUACAAACAUUGAAUCGUACAGACGUGCCAGUUUAUAAGGGAGCGGAAUGCUCGGUAACUGGCAAAUAUAAAUAUGCUUCACAUGUGCACGGCGAUGAUGGUUGCGGUAAUGCUACAAUAGGUCUAAAUAUUGAAUUGAAUUUAUUGCAAGACGAACCAGCAGCUAUGGCACUAUGUCGAUUAGCUAAACAAUAUCACGGCGAAUUAGUAGUAGCCGCCAUAGGUCCAUUAACCAAUCUUUUUUUAGCCCAUCGUUUAGAUCCCGAAUUUAGUAAACAUUUGAAAGAACUGUAUAUCAUGGGUGGUAACUCCGUUUUGCCGAAUUAUCAGACACUAUCAAUUGGAAUCGAAUUUAAUUUUCGUUGUGAUCCUCUUGCUGCAUCUAUCGUUCUCGAAGAAUUUCAUAUUAUGCCCUUGAUUAUUAGUUACGAAUUAACGUGUAUAUGCAGUCUUUCCUAUGAUUAUAUUGAUAGUUUAUUUGCGAGAAAAAAUGAGAGUAAAAAAGCAAAAUUAUUUCAUUCUGUUUCAGAAUUUUUGUAUGAUUUUAGUAAAACCGACGAACAGGGUAGUGGAUUUAACUCGUGUGACUCAGUAGCCAUGGCUUGUGUAUUAGACAAAUCUAUGAUACUUGAAACAAGAAAAGUUUAUGCUGUUGUUGAACAAUUUGGGUCGUGUGCUGCUGGACAUAUGAUUUCUGAUUGGCACAAUCAUUUUAAGCGUCAACCAAACGUAGAAAUUGUUGAGAAUAUUGAUUUUGAAAAAUUUAAAAAAUUAUUUCUGUUAUGCGUAGACGACAAUUUAGUAGAGAAUUAG